CAUCCGUUGAAAACAGCAAAAACACAAUGCUGCUAACGGAUUUCGCAACAUCGCCGUUCAACAUGUAUUUUCUCACAUCGUAGUGAAAUGAGGGCAACAUGGGUGCCAAGGAGUCAAGGAUAGGUUUCCUUUCGUAUGAUGAGGCCGUCAAAAGAGUAACUGAUGUGGAGUUGAAGCGGCUGAAGGAUGCCUUUAAGAGGACCAGCGGCCUGUCCUUCUACAUGGCCCAACAGUGCUUCUACAGAGAAGUACUGGGAGAUGGGAUCCCUCCGAAGGUUGCAGAGGUGAUCUACAACUCGUUUGGAGGCACCUUUAAAGGACUACACUUUAACAACCUCAUCAUUGGCCUGGUGCUGCUGACCAGAGGACGAGAUGGGGAGAAGGCCAAGUACCUCUUCAGCCUGUUUGCCAGUGAGUCGGGUGGCUAUGCGGCGCGGGAUGACAUGGAGGCCGUACUACGGGCGGUGGACGGGGAAGUCCCGCCCUCUCUCAGGAAGUGCUUCAGCGAGGGGGAGAAAGUCAACUAUGAGCGCUUUAGGAACUGGCUCCUUCAGAACACGGAGGCGUUCACCUUCUCCCGUUGGCUGCUCUCCGGAGGCGUGUCUGUCACCCUCACAGACGACAGCGACACGCCCACCUUCUACCAGACUCUGGCCGGAGUCACACACUUAGAAGAGUCUGAUAUCAUUGACUUGGAGAAGAGCUACUGGCUGCUGAAAGCCCAGUCCAGGACCGGACGCUUUGACUUGGAAACCUUUGUCCCGCUGGUCUCUCCUCCCAUUCACGCUUCGCUAAGUGAAGGUUUGUUUCAUGCCUUUGAUGAGAACCGGGACAAUCACAUAGACUUUAAGGAGAUCUCCUGUGGCCUGUCUGCCUGUUGCCGGGGGCCCGUCGCCGAGCGGCAGAAAUUUUGUUUCAAAGUUUUUGAUGUGAACCGGGAUGGGGUUCUGUCUCGAGACGAAAUCCAUGAAAUGGUGGUCGCACUCCUGGAGGUGUGGAAAGACAAUCGCACAGACACACUCCCCGAAUUGCUCACCAACGUGCCGGACAUAGUGGAAGGAAUCCUGAAGAUGCACGACACGACCAAGCUGGGUCACCUGACCCUAGAGGACUAUCAAAUAUGGAGUGUGCAGAGCGUUCUGGCCAAUGAGUUCCUCAACCUGCUGUUCCAGGUGUCCCACAUUGUCCUGAGCCUUCGGCCUGCUACUCCUGAAGAGGAGGGGCAAAUCAUCAGGGGGUGGCUGGACAGAGAGGGCAGACAUGGGCUUCAGCCUGGUGAGAACAGGUUUCUCAUCUCCAGCCAGUGGUGGACGCUGUGGAAAGACUACGUCAGAUAUGACCACAAGUCCAUCGUGGUGGAUCAGCCCUCUAUCCUCUCCUCUCUGAGGAAUCCUCAGGCCUCUGCCACCGUCGAGCCUGCCCCCCUGGAGCCAGGGGUAGGUGAAGGUCUGGGGGUCCCCAGCCCAGCCAGCCCCUCAGAGGAGAGGUCCCCUGAUGCUGUGUCCAGCGCCUCUGAAGCCACAGAGACCCACAGCACAGUGGUGACCACCCAGGCCGGCCCCUCAGCCACAGAUAUCUGUUUUGCCCGGCAACACAACGUGUCAGACAACAACCAGUGUUUCUCUGGGGCCAACGGCCACAUCCCCUCCCUCUCUCAGUCCCAUCUGGCAGCUCAGAGGCCUGGAGCCAUCGACAACCAGCCCCUGGUCAACACAGACCCAAUGAAGGCCCCCUCAUUGACCAUGGAGGGAGGCCGGCUGAAGCAGUCCUUACAGCUGGUGGCGGGCAGGGACUUUGAGACGGUACCAGAGCCUGUGUGGAGGGCACUGUUCCACUGGUAUGGAGCCAACCUCAGCUUGCCGCGACCGGUGAUCCAGCAGACAGAAACAGGCUGUGCUGAGCUGGAGCUCUUCCCACGCUAUCUCCUCUUCCUGCGGCAGCAGCCCGCCACACGCACCCCCCAGUCCAACAUCUGGGUUAACAUGGGUAUGACCAGCCUGAGAAUGUUCCCCCAGCACCUCCCCAGAGGUAACGUGCCCUCCCCCAACGCUCCUCUGAAGCGUGUCCUGGCCUAUACAGGCUGUUUCAGCCGCGUGGGCACCAUCAAGGACAUCCACCUGUACCUGUCUCGGAGGCUACGCAUCAAAGAUGAGGACAUGAGGCUGUGGCUCUACAACAGCGAGAACUAUCUGACCCUGCUGGAUGAUGAGGACCACACUCUGGAGGACCUGAAGAUCCAGGACGAGCAGCACUUAGUUAUCGAGGUUCGGAACAAAGACAUGAGCUGGCCAGAAGAGAUGUCCUUCAUCGCUAACAGCAGUAAAAUGGACCGACAUAAAGUUGCUACGGAGAAGGGUGCCACGGGCCUCAGUAACCUAGGCAACACGUGCUUUAUGAACUCUAGUAUCCAGUGUGUGAGCAACACCACGCCCCUCACUGACUACUUCAUCUCAGGAAGACACCUCUAUGAACUCAACAGAACCAAUCCCAUCGGGAUGCGAGGUCACAUGGCUAAAUGUUACGGAGACCUGCUGAUGGAGCUGUGGAGUGGAGCUCAGAAGAACGUCGCUCCUCUCAAACUCAGGUGGACGAUAGCGAAGUACGCCCCGCGUUUCAACGGCUUCCAGCAGCAGGACAGUCAGGAGCUCCUGGCCUUCCUAUUGGACGGGCUCCAUGAGGACCUGAACAGGGUGCAUGAGAAACCCUACGUAGAGCUGAAGGACAGCAACGGACGACCCGACUGGGAGGUCGCGUCAGAGGCGUGGGAGAACCACUUGCGGAGGAACCGUUCCAUCGUGGUGGAUCUGUUCCACGGCCAGCUCAAGUCCCAGGUCAAGUGUAAGACGUGUGGUCACAUCAGCGCCCGCUUCGACCCCUUCAACUUCCUGUCUUUACCCCUCCCCAUGGACAGCUCCAUGCACCUGGAGAUCACUGUCAUUAUGCUGGAUGGUUCUACCCCUGUACGGUUCGGCCUGAGGCUCAACAUGGAUGACAAGUACACCGGUCUGAAGAAACAGCUGAGUGAGCUGUGUAGUCUGAAACCAGAACAGAUACUACUGGCUGAGGUCCACAGCUCCAACAUCAAGAACUUCCCUCAGGAUAACCAGAAGGUGCGUCUGUCGGUGAACGGCUUCCUGUGCGCGUUUGAGAUCCCCGUCCCAGGCUCCCCCACCUCCCUCUCCUCUCCAACACAGACAGACAUCACCCCUGUGCCCGUGGCUAACGGAGUGGCGGUGACAGAUGAAGGGCAUCCUGCCGGUAACCCUGAUCUGAUCCCCAACGGCAUGCCCAGCGCCGUGGUGCCCUGCAGAGAGGCCACAGAGAGAGCCCUGGUCAACGGAGGGCUGGGGGUGCCCAACGGAGGGCUGGGGGUGCCCAACGGACACGUGUCCCCCGUCCAGGACAGUCCCUUCAUUGGGUACAUCAUUGCCAUGCACAGGAAGAUGAUCCGGACGGAGUUGUAUUUCCUGUCCAGUCAGAAGAACCGUACCAGUCUGUUUGGGAUGCCUCUGAUCGUUCCCUGUACGGUUCACACCAGUCAGAAGGACCUGUACGAUGCUGUCUGGAUACAGGUGGCCCGUCUGGCCAGCCCUCUGCCCCCGCAGGAGGCCAGCAACCAUGCACAGGACUGUGAUGACAGUAUGGGUUACCAGUACCCCUUCACACUGAGAGUGGUGGGGAAGGAUGGCAACUCAUGUGCCUGGUGUCCCUGGUACAGGUUCUGUCGAGGCUGUGCGGUGGACUGUACGGAGGACAGGGCCUCGGUAGAAACCGCCUACAUAGCUGUCGACUGGGAUCCCACUGCCAUACACCUUCGUUACCGGACCUCACAGGAGAGGAUAGUGGAGGAGGACUGUAGUGUGCAGCAGAGUCGCAGGGCCCAGGCUGAGCCCAUCAGUCUAGACAGUUGUCUGAAGGCCUUCACCAGUGAGGAGGAGCUGGGAGAGGAUGAGCUCUACCACUGCUCUAAGUGCAAGACCCACCGCCUGGCCACCAAGAAGCUGGACCUGUGGAGGCUACCGCCUAUACUGAUUGUACACCUGAAGAGGUUCCAGUUUGUGAACGGCCGCUGGAUCAAGUCUCAGAAGAUCGUCCAGUUUCCCAGAGAGAGGUUUGACCCUAGUGUUUACCUGGCUCCUCGGGAGGCGGGGCUUAACGGGCUACACGGUCUGCAGAGCCGCAGCGAGGGGGAGGAGCUACUGAGGAUAGGAGGAGGAGAAACGGUCUCCUCCAUCUCCGCCCCUACUGGGCUCCUCAACAUCCUCAAAGCCUCUCCAGCGUCAGGCAGGAAGUCAGCCCCUCCCUCCUUCAUCAGCCGUACCAGCAGCCCCUGCAGCAGCCCCAAGACAGGAGGAGGCGGUCCAGGGGGCACGGGCCACAGACAGACCCGCCUCAGGCUCCCCCAGCUGGCCAGCCGACACCGCCUCUCCAACAGCAAGGAGAACCUGGAGGGUAGUACCAGGGAGAGGGGCAGCGGCCCUGACACAGAGCCCAGGGAGGGAGCACCGCAGGCGGACACGGAGGGUGGGCUCGUGGGGGUGAUGAGUGGAGGUUUUGGGGAGGUCGGGGUGAGGAGCGGGCCAGAGAUGUCCACCACAGAUGCGUCCAGCAGCCUCAGUAAUGUCAUCGUGAUGAACGGGGACAGCGGUGGCCGUAGCAACGAGCUACUAAGCACGGAGGCCAGUACGGAGCCCAGCACGGACCUAGAGACCACUGCAACAGCCCAGCUGCACCAAAGAGAUAACAGCCUGGAGAGCAUCUAUAAUUUAUAUGCUAUUUCAUGCCAUUCAGGUAUCAUGGGAGGUAAUAGGAGGUUCUCUCUCUGUCUCCACAGUGCCAUUCAGGUAUCAUGGGAGGUAAUAGGAGGUUCUCUCUCUGUCUCACAGUGCCAUUCAGGUAUCAUGGGAGGUAAUAGGAGGUUCUCUCUCUGUCUCACAGUGCCAUUCAGGUAUCAUGGGAGGGAGGUUCUCUCUCUGUCUCCACAGUGCCAUUCAGGUAUCAUGGGAGGAGGACACUAUGUGACCUAUGCCAAAAACCCCAACAAUAAAUGGUACUGUUACAACGACAGCAGCUGUAAGGAAGUGCACUCGGAGGAGAUGGACACGGACUCGGCCUACAUCCUGUUCUAUGAGCAGCAGGGAGUGGACUUCUCUCAGUUCCUGCCAAAGACUGACGGCAAGAAGAUGGCCGACACCACGAGCAUGGACGAGGAUUUUGAGUCUGACUACAAGAAGUACUGUGUCCUUCAGUGAUCAGGAUCACACCGUCUUCCACCUACCUACCGCUCGACCGUCAACUCUAUGCCUGGAACUCUGGACAGAUGGACUCAGUCAGCCACGUACGGAAAAGGACACAGGGCUUCUUCAGCCAGUCUCAACUGGGCGCCAGGAAGCACAAAAUGGUGUCUUUUGACCGAGUCAUCACAAACUGAACCACUUGAAUUCCGGACCGGUUGUCAUGGAUGCCGGAAGAUAUCCCCUUGUUGUUUUGUCAAGAGAACAACAUUGAAGCCCCAUUGUUAAAGCACUAAAGCUGUUGCACAUUGAGCCUGAGGAAACCCACCUUCUCCUGUGUGUGUGUGUGUGUGUGUGUGUGUGUGUGUGUGUGUGUGUGUGUGUGUGUGUGUUUGUCAGCACAUGAGCUGAUAUUACUUCCUUGUUGUGCAUAUUUGUACUCUGCAGCCAAUCAAAACAUGUCCACACACCUACAUAAUGUCUGUCUCUAUAACUCACUAUAGUGAAACGGUAAUGUAGAGAUUAUACUGUAUUAUUUUAUCGAUAAAAAAGGGGUUCUCAUUUUCCUUCUUCAGUAUCGAUACUGUCAUUAAAAAAAAAAAAAACUCAUAAUGCUACCUCACUGCAUUUCAUUGGCCAAUUGGAACGGUCCAAUAUUUCUGACAGUAUUUAAACCUCACCCACUUCCUCCUUUUGAUGUCCGCACACACACACGCACUUUGAAAAAUAAUAAUCACCCUUUAUGAAGAAAGAUUCCACAAAAUGGUGGGGUUUGACCUUAAUUUGGCCCCUUGCCAAGCAACUGCCAAAACCAAAAACUGUGCAAUUGCUGCUCGAUGUACCCACAACAUGGAGUGACUUUCGGGGCGAUCAUUGUAGUCAUGUUAACUCACAAGCUUGAGUUUAAAUCUUGGUUAUGUUGUAGACAGGUGCCAUAGAGGAUGUUUCAAAGAUAAUAUAUAAAUACAUAUUUGUAUUGGUUUCUCUUUCUCCAAAUACUUAUUUUAUAGAGUUAUUUUUAUCAUCGUAAUUUUUUUUGUAUGUACAUUUGGUUAAUUUAAGGGUUGUUCUCGUCUCUUGUUUGUCCACAGUACUUCUCGUCUCUAGUGUUUGUCACCAGUACGUCUCGUUUCUGGUGUUUUAUCUACAGUACGUUGUAGGGAGCCACUCUGAGACUGUAAAUGAAUAGGGCCACAUGACACCCUAUUCCCUAGUGCACUACUUUUGACCAGGGCCCAUAGGGUUCUGGUCAGAAAUAGUGCACUACUGAAGAGUACUGAAGUAUUCA